AUGAAGUCCUACCUUUCGCUUUUCUUGGCCCUUGUCUUCAGCGCUGCUGUCUCCGCUUACGAGACCAGUGAUUUCACUGAGCAAGUGACUCUCAUCGAAGAGCAUGACCAAAACGAACGUCACCUUUGCUCUCCAUCUGUUCGCCCAAUCAAGUCUAACUUCGGAGUCGGCGAACAAAUCGUUGCCAUCGUCACCGUCUGCGGAGGAGGCGUCGAAUGGAUGGGAAUGUACUCCCCAUCCGCCGGUGUCUUUGACAACGCUGUCAACUGGCAAUAUACCUGUGGAGGACAAACCUGCGCCGUUCCCAUGAUGGCUAACACUUACGCCUAUGGAUUCGGACCUUGGUCUGGUAUGUGGCCACUCGGUGGAACCUACAAAUUCCAAUACCACUCCACUGCCGGAUCUGUCAGUUCUGCAACAUUCACAGUUGGAGGAAAUAGUGGAAAUGCCGUCCCACCAGCAACAGGAUCUAGAGCCCCACGAUACCUUCGUGCUCCUGAGGAGGAAGUUGACUUCGCUCCUUUGAACUAA